AUGACUUACAUCUUCACUGAGAGAUUUCGUGAUAUUCCUUCGCCGCUGAUCAUUCGGGUCAAACUGCCAGUCGGAUACAUCGGACCGGAGAUUGAGGCUGAGUAUCUCAUUGAGGGUGAUGUGGAGGACUUCAAGGAGGAGCUGAACAAGAAUGAUGUCCGCACUUCUCGUAUUGUGAUCAUGGAGGAGCAUAGCAAGGCCGCAACGUCGGGAAAACUUAGGCUGGAGGCCACAAUGCGAACCUCGGCCGACGUGGAGAUAAAAAUUUCCCUCACGCCAGAGGUGCUUGAGAAGCAUACUAAGAUUGGAUGA